AUGAGCCUGCUCAACAUCGCCCAGAUUGUUACCUCGAUCGUGCUGGUCCUGAUCAUCCUGUCCCAGGUGCGGGAAGCCGGCUCCGGCAUGUUCGGCAGCGCUCAGAACACCGUUCGGACGCGACGAGGACUGGAACGCACCAUGUUCCAGUUGACCAUCGCAUUGAUAGUGGUAUUUCUGCUGGUAUCGGUUCUCAGCGCGCGCUUCACCGGUUCCUGA